AAUUGUCAUUAGGUAUGAUUCAAUGAAAAUUUAAUCAUUGAAUAUUCCCGUGGGUAUAUGUUUUACGCUAUUUUAAAUGCCAGAAUUUGUGUAGAUAUAAAUUAACUGCUGCAAUCAUGUUAUUUUCUCAAUAUUGCACGCGUAUGAUGGAGCGUUUGGUUGAAAGCUGCCGUGAUGCAAAGAACGCUUUAGUAAAUACUGAUAUAUCCUGGCGGACAUACGGAUUGAUUGCUUGCUUUGCGUUGAGUUCGUGGAUUACAGUCAAUGGUAUCUGGUCUGAAUUGCCAGUCAUCGUGCUUUAUGCCCCUGAGAAAUGGAAAAUCGCAUCAUACACAGUGGUAAUCAUUCAACUGGGAUUUGCUGGUCCCUUGCUCUUCUCGCUUGCAAAUCGACUUCGUCCACGGGUUUUCACCGAGAAAGUGACGAUAUAUUUGAUCUUUCUCAUUGGCAUUUUAUCGUGUUUGUUCCUCUCCAUGUGGUACAGAACGACAACAAAUAUAGAUGGCAAACCCCAUAGUGUUGUCUUGAUGGUUCUAGUUUUUACCAUGGCAUUGGUUGACUGUACAUCAUCUGUUGUUUUUCUCACAUUCAUGGCAUUUUAUGACCCACGGUACGUCACAGCCUUGUAUAUUGGCGAGUCCUUCUGUGGCCUGUUGCCUGGUCUUGCGGCUAUAAUUCAAGGAUCACCAACCAUUGUGUGCAACAAUAGCAGUGAUGCCACCUCUGGAAACUCAACAUCGCAACAAUAUGAUGAUUCUGGGUUGUUGUUUUCAGCCAGUGCCUACUUCAUCAUUUUGCUGGUAAUGAUUUUGUUUUCUGGAUCUGCAUUUUUUGCUCUGAAUUUUCUACCAUUUGCUGUGAAAGAACAAUCAGCAGAAGUGAUAACAGCUGCUGUUGUACCUCAACAUUGUAAUGAUGCCACUGACAGGACAGAGUUGAUAAACGAGGAGCUGGAAACUGAAGUUAAAUGUGGGAGUUCAUGCCUGUCAAACAGAGGACUAUCAUUUCUGUUUUUCUUACAAGCAAUUGUGUCAGCUUUUUCCUUUGGCAUUCUUCCAUCAUUAUCACCUUAUGCCUUUGAGCCUUAUGGAAUGCCCUCUUAUCAUUUAGUUGCUUCACUGGGACCAAUUGCCUCCUCAUUUAUCUGCUUUUUUACGAUAUGGUUUCGAAUCAAAUCAAGAAAAACACUUCUUAUUGCAUCAUUUGUAUUUUUGUGUGCUGCUGUGUAUCAAGUUAUACUAGCAAGUCAAAGCCCAACACCCUGGCUGAGUAAAUCUGAUACUGGAGCGACACUUGCAGUUAUUGGAGGAUUAACAACAAGCAUGCUUGGCAUUUAUAUUCGUCUGACGAUAUCAAUUAUUAUGCGCGAAGAAAGUAAAAGGGCGCUGUACUGGUGUGGGAUGAGUAUUCAAAUUGGAUCUGUCAUAGGUGCAUUUACUAUAUUUCCGUUUGUGAGUGUAUUUCAUGAUUUCCAUGGAAAGGACGUUUGCUGACCAUAAUAUCGCAGCUUUGCCGAAGAGAAAAAUAAUCACAGUGUACUGUCAUUGAAAUUACACAUUCUACUAUUGGGGAUAGUACAGUAUAUUAAUAUAUCUAACAAAUUAUAAAAUAAUAUUAUAUUGACUACCUCCUGCGGAGGCCUUUUUCCGGGCAAAUAUGGCGGGCGAUGAUAUUUUGCAGGUGGAACCCGCAUUUUCCGAAAUCGCCCGAAAUGCUCCCUAGCGCCCGCGGAGGAGGUAGUUAUAUUGAUAAUAUAUUAUAUAUAAAUAAUAUCAGUUCAUUGCGUUAUUGUUAAAAGAACUAUGAGCAUUGUUCCAACAGAUAGGUUACGUGUUUACUGCAUUGCGAUAAGUAUUAUGCAAGAAAUAAUUUAUUCUAUAUUGUAUUAUUUAUAUACCCAUAUUGUGUAGGUUACAUACCUGCAGCAUCUGCAAGUGUAAUACUUAUACAACUCUAAUGCAUGAUCACGUUCUUUUUCUAUUUAUGAGCUCCAUUUUGUACGUCGGCACGAUUUUUGGGAAGUUUACAAUAUAAUCCUGUUUUGGGCAAGUUUACAAUAUGAAAAUCACGAAUUUAUGAAUCUGAUCAUGAAAAAUAAACGACAAUAUAUUUUAUUGCAGACCAGGGGACCACUAAUUUGCAUGAUACAAAAAAAUUGCUAAAAAUAACCACUUUGUUUUGUAGUCCCUGUUGCAGACUUUAUCGUGAUUAGUUAAUUUUAGGAAAGGCAGGUUGAAUAAAUAAAAUAAAUAAAAUUACAAUCCGAAAUAAUAUAUUCCCGUUAAUGUUUCUACCAAGGUCAUCAAGAGAAGGUUAUUUCUCUCAAGGUCAUCGAGAGAAAAUCUAAAUUUUUUAAAUAAUUAGUUAUCACGUGAAAUUAACGGUAUAUAUAGAAUACAGUAUUUGCAACUCUAGUUUUGGCAUGUUAUAUUAUUUUUUUAUAAACAGGAUAUUUCACUUGGCAGUGCAUAACUAUAGGGCUGUAUGUUUUAAAAUUUGAAGAACUGUGAUAUACCAUUUCACUGAUACUGUACAUUAUAUAUAACACCGAGCCUAUUACAGCUUUAUAAUACCACAAUUAUUGGUGAACUACGCCGGUAAACUAAAGCCCCGUU